AAUCAAACAAGCAGUUAAGACGAGACGUGUGAAACAGCCGCGUUUCAGGGUUUGACUUGCAUUACUUUAAAGUCUUUUUUGAGUCUUAUUCGCCUGCAUUUUACCUAUUCUAAACAUUGAACCGGCUUCCGGAGGAGUUAUAUUGCGAAAGCCUUGCCAUUAAAAACGAAUAUUAAUGUAGUUAGUCACAAAAACCAGCUCUCGUCAAUCGACCGACGUAGCUGCUAGCUCACGUUAGCUUCCUGUGUCAGAGCCACUCUUUGAAUUCAGGGUUUGCUUUCUGUGUUUGUGUAAUACCGUCAACUUAUUGAGGAUAUGGACUCUGUUGCCAGACUCAAGCUGACGAAGAACAUAAAACCUCAAAAGCCAGAAGUAAAGUCAGUCAGUGAUGGGCCGAAGCGGAUUCCUGUCUCCCAACAGUCCCAGGUGGCUGUGGUUACGCCAGCUUCACAUCAGCGUGUCCUAGGUGUGUCAAAUGGACCUCAGCGUGUUCAGAGGCCUGUGAGCCAUCAGAAACCAGUGUCUUACGGCUCUGUUACUGCAAAGUCCUCCAACCUUAACACUCAGAAUGUCAACCCUGCUACUCCAAGUGGAAAUCCUACACCACAUCCUAAAUGUGGUCCCCAGCUAAACCAGCCAAAGACAGAAUUGUCCAAAGUUAACCCAGAGCCAGCUAAAGCACCGUCAGAACCAGCAAAGCAGGACAAGCCCCAUAACAAACUAACCAUGAUGGACUCUGCCAAAGCCUCUGCAGCAAGUAAGCGAUGGAGCUUGGAAAAUUUUGACAUUGGCCGUCCCUUGGGAAAGGGUAAAUUUGGCAAUGUGUAUCUGGCCAGAGAGCGGCAGAGUAAGUUCAUCUUGGCCCUGAAGGUGCUCUUCAAGAAGCAGUUGGAGAAGGCUGGGGUGGAGCACCAGCUCAGGAGAGAAGUAGAGAUCCAGUCUCACCUCAGGCACCCCAAUAUUCUGCGCCUCUAUGGUUACUUCCACGAUUCAUCUCGGGUGUACCUCAUCCUUGAGUUUGCACCAAAGGGUGAACUGUACGGUGAGCUGCAGCGCUGUGGAAGUUUCUCAGAGGAAAGAAGUGCAACAUACAUCAUGGAGCUGGCAGAUGCCCUCACCUAUUGCCACUCCAAGAAGGUAAUCCACAGGGACAUCAAGCCAGAGAACCUGUUACUCGGGGCCAACGGGGAGCUUAAGAUUGCAGAUUUUGGCUGGUCUGUCCACACACCUUCCUCCAGGAGGUCCACACUGUGUGGAACUCUUGACUACUUGCCUCCAGAGAUGAUUGAGGGAAAAACUCAUGAUGAAAAGGUAGACCUUUGGAGUCUGGGUGUGCUCUGCUAUGAGUUCCUAGUCGGAAAACCCCCAUUUGAGGCCAAAUCUCAUGAUGAAACCUACCGUAGAAUAUCGAGGGUGGAGUAUACCUACCCUGCACAAUCCAAUAUCAGUGCUGGUGCUAAAGACUUAGUUGCCAGGCUGCUGAAGCACAGCCCCAUGCAAAGACUGCCCAUCCAGGGUGUCCUGUCCCACCCUUGGGUGGUUGAGACCUCAACUAAAAAGCCCACAACCCUGAACAACGAAGAGCCAAUCCAAUGAGCCUUAUUGUUUCCCCCUCACUCCAUCAUUAGAGGGCUUCGUGUGCGACUGUGAGGCCAUGCGGACUCCAUCUGUACAAAGGUGAAAACAUUAAUGUCAGUGUACAGCUGAUGUGUCUGAAUCUGCUCUACUACUAUUCAGACGGCAGAUUCACUUCAUGGGGAUGUUCUUCUCUGUGGGCCACUUGGAUACCUUUUUCACAUCUUUAAUCUACUUAUCCUUUUGUGAGUUCCUUUCUUACCAAUGGCAUCAAUUGCCUGUAAAUAUUUCACUGUCUUUGUAUAAUUAUGAAAGUUUUAUUGGUGUUUUCAGAAACUCCAUUACUUGAAUAAAAAGUAAUUUGUCUAACGUGGAGUGUCAUGUUGAAAACAAGCUGUUUUAUUCCUGUCAGUGAAAAGUAUUUUAAUGUUUUAUCUUGUGUACAUUUCGAGCUCUCAAGUUCUUGCGAAAUGAGACUUUGCACUGAUGUCCAAUGAGCGAGAUGAACACUGUUUUAUGAUGCUCCUCCUGUCCUGUGUGGCCAGCAGUGGGCGCCAGUGAACCACUAACGCUGAAGCAUGGGAGCAUGUUACCGCUUUAGAGUUAAAUUCUACUGUCACUGUUUAUAAUUCUGUUUCAUAUCAUGAAUUUCUGCUCAAAUAAAAUAUUGAAAGUAAA